AGGGUGUCAGUGUGCCUGCUCACCAUGACCUCAUGUCCACAGCGUACAAAGAGAAGAUGAAAGAGCUGUCUGUUCUGUCGCUCAUCUGCUCCUGCUUCUACUCACAGCCUCAUCCCAACACCAUCUACCAGUAUGGGGACAUGGAAGUGAAAGAACUGGACAAGCGAGCCUCUGGCCAGAGCUUUGAGGUCAUCCUCAAGUCGCCUUCUGACCUAUCCCCAGAGAGCCCUGUGCUGUCUUCUCCCCCCAAGAGGAAGGACACCUCCCUGGAGGAGCUGCGGAAGCGGCUGGAGGCAGCUGAGGAGCGGAGAAAGGCAAGGACACCUCUCUCCACGAGUCCUGACAAAGGCAUUGCUCGGGAACACGGCAGCCUUGUUCCUUGGUUCUUCUCCAGAGACUGGAAUGCGAUGAGGAGGAAGGGAGACAGGAAGCAAACACUGGGAGGCACCCUUGGACGCCCGGACCUGGUCCCGGGGCCCCCACGUCCUGACUGCUCGCAAAGAGCGCCUCCCAGAGACCACCUCGAAGGGGGUGGAGCUGCUCUAAGUUGGGGGUCAGGGAAGCUCCCCGAGACUGGCCCUUUAGCCCUGUCCCUGUCCCCUCCGAGUCCCCUGCCAGCCUCCGCCCCUUGCCUCACUGUCCUGCCGAGACCGGACAGCAACCGCCGCCCUUCAGCCCCGCCCCUGUCCUCGCAGGAGCUGCACGCGGCCGAGGUGCGCAGGAACAAGGAGCAGCGGGAGGAGAUGUCCGGCUAAGGGCACCGGACACCGCGGCCACAAGAACACGUUCGGGCGUUGUUUUUUUGUUCAACUUUGUCUAGAUGCAAGUUUUGUUUCUGCUCUGUCCCCUACCCUGCACCCCCAGCUUCAUGCUUCGUCCGCACUCUGGGCAUCCGGGUCCUUGUCAGACCAUGGACUCUCCCUGGAGUCCGCAGGAUGGGAGACACGGCCGCCCAGGUGACACCAGGCCAGGCUCUUGGUGGCCCUCUAGUGGAUGUGGUGGCAACCUUAAUAAACCUAGUGGCAGUGGCGCAACGUGCAGGUCCUCGUGCUGGGUUGCUUGGUCAGCACAUGGUCACACGAGGUCACACAGUUUACACCAGCUCCAGCCCAGCCAACAAGCAACAACAGCAAAGCAUCUGCCUGUCUUUCUGUGAGGAGCGCCUUCAUAGAGUGGGUGUGAGGGGUGGAGGUCAGAGAAUGGUAACAUUGAGUUGAACCAGCAAGGAGGUCCUGACCCCAGCACUCUGGGAGGCUGAAGCAGGAUGAUCCCAAGUUUGAAUCCCAUCUGGGCAUUUAGUGACUUAAUGAGACCCUGUCUCAAAACAACCCUGUCUGGGGUUGUAGCUCCAUGCAAAGACCCUGGGUUCAAGCCUCAGUUCUAGCAAAAAGGAGAGAGAACUUGGACUAAGGACUGUUGGGCAGGUGGGGCCCACUCACGCCAUCACUGCAGCCAGCUCUGGGUGCUGUGUGCAGUGAAACUGUCUGGCGUGGUGAGUCAGGGCUUCUGUACUCUCAGGGUGAUGGCCUCGGGAUUCCUCUGAGAACACCUGGCCUGAAGUAGGUGCCCUGGGCCAGCCUUAGAACCCGUGGUCAUCACACACGGGAUGAGCAGGGUCAGGGGCCUAUGGCCAGGCGCAAGUCGGCUGAAGGUAGGCGUUCUCUGCCAAGGACCCAUAAGCAGGUGGCUGUGAUCUACAGCUUUGUGAGUAGCUGUGGACCUGCCUGUUCUCCAGAAAGCCCCAUCCCUGGCACUGUGUGGUGACAGCCCCACUGCCCCUGAACCCUCAGCUUUGCAGCUGCCUUGACGAACCUCAUCCUGAGAGCCUCUAGUCUUGGCACCUUCCCCUGCCCUCUGCUGAUUCCUCCUGACCACUGACUUUCAGGCUUCUGAGUGAAUGGCAGCUACAAGUCCCCAGGGAGCCCACUAAGGGGGUUCCUCGGGAGUGGCUACCCACAGAUUCACGCGCUGUGAGGACAAGGUCAAGUUUCCCAAGCCAGCCCUGACACGCCACCCAUCCUUGCAGUUUCUCACCAGAGCACUGGAAGCCUGGGUCUAGGUGGCCCAGCAGUCCUAAGAUGUCCUGGGGCUCAUAUGUGAGGAUGGCCACUUGUCAUCACGGGGAGCUCCUCUGCAUCACCGCAGCAUCCGCACUCUUCUCCAUCCCACAGCCAGAGCAAGGGUAGGUGAUGACCUCUGCAGCACACCCACCACCUCUGUCUUUGUCUGCCCAAGACAGCCUCUAGAGGAAGCAAGGGCAGGGCUAGAACCCAAAAGUACCCUAACCCACAUGUGGCUUUUGAUGGACUCACAGGAGUAGAAUCAGGAGCUGGUUAGAUUUCUUUUCACAGGUUGCUUUCUUGUCACUAAAGUCUACUGUAGUGUGCCCAUGUCAUCUCUGAGUGAACCUAAACAUUAACUCUAAUGAACCAGAGAGAAACGCCUGUAUGCUUAGAUAUGGCUGAACUGUGAUGGAUGUGGUGGCACACACCUGUAAUUCCAGCACUGCGGAGGGAGGCUGAGGCAGGAGGAUUGCA